AGUGACACCGACACCCUCAUGGAUGCAACAUCAUCACCAUCACCCACGUCGCUAACCUCGCCAACGUCAACAGCAGCAGCAGCAGCAGCAGCAGCAACGACAACAGCAGCGUUGUCAUCGUCGUCACCUCGAAAGUGGCUAGGUCCCCGCGUUGUCAGAGUUGAGCGUGGCGAGGGCGGGCGUUUCAACUUCGAUGUGAGCGGUGGCGCCGAGAGCCUGAUGCUGCCACGUGUCAUCUUGCAUCAUGCCGGCGCCGCGCCGAAUUACGUCACACACGAGCGCCUCAACACGGGCGAUGAAAUUGUUGCUGUCGACAACAUCCAGGUCGCUGGCAUGUCGCACGAUGCGGUGGUUCGUGUCCUCAAAGCGGCAAAGGAGACAGUCACGCUCACCGUCCUUCCCAUUGACCAGCGCACAGCGUUUCAGUGCAAUGACAAUGCGCAGCAGGAGGGCACAGGGAAGAUCUUCAAGGCGCAGUCCUCCUCGGCGUUUAGAACGCUGGACAGCGAUGUGCCAAUCACCACACGCCCACCGCUCUCAGACGAGGUGGAUGGCAAGGAUUACCAUUUUGUGUCUGUCGCGCUGUUCCAGUACCUGCUGACACACAAGCACGUCCGCGAAUGGGGUCAGCUCAAGUCGCACUUCUACGGAGCUCUCAAGACGACACUCGAAGUGUCACCGGUGCGCAGCCUGUCCAAUGUGGACCUCAUCGCCACCACCAUCAAAUCCCGCUGCGGUCGUCUCAAGGUCGCGCACGUGCAGAGGAACGCCAAUGGCGUGUUUGGAUUCACCAUCGGCGGCGGUGCCGGUGUUGGUGAAUUGCCGUUUGUCGAUCGCGUGUGCGACGUCAAAAUUGCCAACCCGGACAAAGCAUCCAUCCUUCCCAAUGACGCAAUCCUGGCAAUUGACGGCGUGACUGUUGCAGCUGAGACGAGCGGUGCUGUGACGGAACUUAUCACCGCUGGCGGAAACAUUGUGAAACUUCUGCUUCUCACCCACUCGUUUGAUGGAGUGCGUGAGCGAGGCGCAAGCGGGGAUGACCGCAGCACAACGAACAGCUUCCGUGCCCACGCCCCACCAGCCAUGUCCAACACAUACGCAGCAUCUGCAUCGUCAUCAUCAGCCACGUCAUCCGCCACGACAGGCAUCACAUCCUCGUCAGCAGCAGCAGCAGCGAUGAUGGCUCGUGGCCAGCGCGUGCAGGCAACCUCAUCAUCAUCAUCCUCUUCUAUUGCUGCAACGUCAGCUACCACCACACCUGCCGCCUCUGCUGCUGCUGAUGCUGAUGCGCAGAACCAAAAUGCGCACUCCGCUGGCGGCGUUCUAAACGCGUUUGCCCCUCCAGGCGUUGGCGAUUUCGGCGUGAAGCAAGUUGCAGCAGAGAUGGAGGGCACCCUUCGCAAGGCGAGCGGUGAAGCCGUUGGCGGUGGCGAUGGUGGCGAAAGGGUGAAGGGUGAUGGGGUGAAGGGUGAGUUGGUGUUGACCAACGGAGACAUCAAGACAGCAGAGAUGAUGGCGCUGGAACAACACUCCGGAAAGGAGGAAGGGAAGAAGGAAGAAGACACGAAGACAGAGGAAGUCGAAGAAGACACUGAGACAGGCACUUCCGCAACGGCAGCGGAGACAUCGGCACCCACCGCUGACGAUGGUGGGGAUGGUGAUGUGAGCAAGGCCCGCGAUGUGAAGAACGGUAUGGGCGACGGGCAGGACGAAGCAGCCGACACGACGCAAAAGACCGAAAACACCAUGGGACAGAACAUGUCAGAGCCAUCCACAGCACCGACAGCAGCAGCAAACGCGGAGGAGGCGGAGAAAGAAGAGGACGCGACUGGUGAUGGUGAUGGUGAUGGUGAUGGCGGUGCGCAGUGGAACAGUGAUGUUGUAUCUGUGGAUCCAUUUGCUGCUGUGGACGACACCGACACCAAGGCAUCAGCCACCACUACCACCACGACCGUGGCUGGCGGUGGCAAGCAGGACAUUGUGCGGGACGAGAGUCCUGUGACGAAGCGAAGCCGAACAACGACAGCGGCCAGCAGUGGUGGUGAUGAUGAUGAUGACGAUGAUGAUGGUGAGUAUGUUCAGAUCAUUGCAGGCGAUGAGGAUGACGAUGACGAUGACAACACGAAGAAAGAGGAGGAGGAAGCAGAGAAGCGUGUUCCCGUGAACAUCGAGCCGGCGAUGCAUGCAAGCAUCAUGAAACUCUCUAAGGACCACGCCCUUGCAGAUGAGUUUGUUGCACUCUCUCGUGUUGGCGUGUCAUCGACCAGCGAGCAUUCGGCCAAGAACAGAUCCAAGAACAGAUACAGAAACAUCACCGCAUACGAUCACACGCGCGUUGUUCUCGACAUCUUGGAGGGCGACGAUGACUGCGAUUACUACAACGCCAACUUCAUUCCGAGUGAUAGCUCUGCGCAGUCGUACAUUGCAUGCCAGGGACCAACGCCCCCAAGCAUGGAGGACUUCUGGCGUAUGGUGUGGCAGAAGGAUGUGUCUGUCAUUGUGAUGGUGACCAAGGAAACCGAGCUGGGGCGCAUCAAGUGCCAUCGCUACUGGCCGACGUUGGCUGCGACAGAGGCUGGCCGCCCGCUGGAGAUGGGAUAUUACACCGUCAAGUGCACGGCCGAAAACGUCACGUUUCUGCUCACCGACCGCACGUUCGAGCUCGAGCGAUACGGGGAACCAAUUCGCACUGUUCGUCAAGUGCACUACCAUUCGUGGCCAGACCACGGCAUCCCACAACAUCUCUCAGAUCUGCUGUUGUUCCGGGAGUAUGUGCGGGGCGUGCAUGCGUCGAUGGGUCACAGAGGGCCACUGCUGGUUCACUGCAGCGCCGGUGUUGGCAGAAGUGGAACCUUCAUCGCCAUUGAUCGCAUCAUGCGUCGCUUGGAGGUGAUGCCACGCCACGAACCCGUGACGAAGGAGACGGUUGAUUUGAACAAAAUCGUGCACGAAAUGCGCACGUGUCGCAACCUGAUGGUGCAGACAACGGAACAGUACAUCUUCCUGCACAAGCUCAUCACCCACCUCCUCGCCCAGUGCAGAGAGGUUGAUGCUCUGGAUGUGUCAUCGCAUCUGCAGUCCCAGUUUGAGCAGCGACAGCUGGAGUUUGAAAACGCAUACGACUCUCUCGAAUCCUACAGCGAUGACAGUGAUGAUGACGGCAAGUGAUUGUUGGGUGGUCACGUGCGAAGGAGGGCGUGAAGGGUGGUGUGUUCGCAGGGGGCGAAUCACUGCUCGAUUCAUGCAUGCGCGUGUGCAUUGGUGGCUUGCAAUUCGGUGUUUGUUGCUUGCAAGAACAGCACAGUUUGCUUGCCUGCAAGUGCGUUUCUUAACUUGAGGUCCGAGGCGGCGUUUGCCUGUUACCUACGUUGUUGGUGGCGUGUUGAUUGGCUUCUCCUCUACUGCCUUUGCUGCCAGUUGUGUUAGCAGCCCAGAUCUUGCUUGCGUUUGUUUUGAGUUUCUGUUGAUGUGAGUUCGUGGACGUUUACAUCACAUAAACACCAUGGACAAAACUGCAACACAACAUGAGGUAUUGCCGUGAUCAUCAUCGUCGUCAUCGUCAUCAUCAUCA